ACAGACCAGCAGCCAUUCGAGCGAGAGUCAGGAAGCAGUGAGAGAGAGAAAGCUCAACCGUCGGCAAAACUUCACAGCGGCAUUUGCGUCAUUAUCCUGCGUCAAACAAACAAACAAACAGCUUUAAUGUGUUCACGUGCGUUCGGUCUGAGAGUUCGAGCUGUGUUUUGACGGGUGUCGGUCGGACGAGACUUACGGUAAUUCAAGAGGAACUCACAAUCUGCCGGGUAUUACCAUCACCUUCUAGUUCCUUGUGCGACUUUUUUUUUUUUUAAGGUUUUUACAAAGUGUCUAAAGACGAACUUUAUGAACGGAGCAUCUUUAAUACACCCAUAUUAGCCUGUUAUCGACUCGGCUGAUGUUAGAGUUCCUAAACCGAAAUGGAAAUUCCACUGACAGUCUUCCUAGGCUCAGGGUAAGAGUGACUCAAUGAUGAUCCUAAACAAUACAUGUGAAAACGUCACGGCGAUCCAAGUCCAAAAGAACCCUGGGAACCUAGUGGUCAGUGCCAUCAUGUUUGUUGCUGGUGUUGUGGGUAAUCUGAUGGCUCUGGCCAUUCUUGGGGUCCACCAAAAAGAACGACGGACCAAAUCGUCGGUCUUCUGCAUCCUAGUAACAGGACUCGCUGUGACGGAUCUGGCAGGGACGUGCUUGCUCAGUCCACCGGUGUUCGUGUGCUAUGCUCAUGCUACAUCCCUGGUGGGCUUAACUAGUGACAUGAAACUCUGUGGGUCCUUUGCCUUUGCCCUAACCUUCUUUGGCUUGGCUUCCAUGCUGAUCCUGUGUGCCAUGGCAGUGGAGCGCUGCCUGGCCAUCAGCCACCCAUAUUUUUACUCCAAGCACAUCCGGCGCCACUUCGCCAAGGUAGCGCUCGUCCUCAUCUACCUUUUUACAGGUUUCUUCUGCCUGCUGCCCAUCUUCGGCAUUGGCCGCUACAAGCAGUACUGCCCUGGCACAUGGUGCUUUAUCAAAAUGGAGGCUGGGGAUGAGGAUAAAGAAGAGGAGAGGCGCACACUCGCCUUCUCCCUCUCUUAUUCUCUGUUAAUGGCCUUGCUCAUUGCUGUUGUCUUUGUUUGCAAUGGCUCAGUCAUCAUCAGUCUAUGCCGCAUGCACCGCAGCCAGAUCACACGGCGAGGUUCUGUGGUCUCAGCAGGGCGCAAGAAAAGGCUGAGCACCUGGUUUGGCCAGGGUGAGGAAGAGAUGGACCAUCUGGUGCUGCUGGCCUCCAUGACUGUCAUCUUCGUCAUUUGCUCCUUGCCUCUCACUAUUUUUGGCUUCGUCAAUGCCAUCAGCCCGGUAGGCAACGACCAGCAGAACCUCCUGGCGUUCCGUUUCUCUGCUCUCAACCCCGUGGUGGACCCUUGGGUAUUCAUCAUCUUCCGCAAGUCCAUCUUCCAGCACGUGCGGACGCUCUUACAUUGCUGCUUUAACAAAGCAGCAGUGAAGAACACAGCCCAAGAUGGCCUCUCACAUCGCUUAGAGAGCAUGGUGCCUGCAGAGUCCACUGCUCUCCAGAGCAAAACUUUCUCUGGCGUGCCUCACUGAGAGCCAGCAGCAAAACAAGGGCCAAGGUACAUGUUGAAAUCUGGAAACUUUUCAUGCACUUGUUAAUGUUCUGUAAAAAUGUUUAUCUUAGUCGGGGUCGCAGCGGGUCCAGACCUUGUUUCAGAAACACUGGGUGUGAUGUAGGAAUAUGCACUGGAUUGGACGCCGGACACAGGACAUGAUAUACAGUAUACACACAUCCAUACAUGCGUUCACACCUACGGGCAAUUUUGCGUCCCAAAUCCACCUACUAGUGUGUUUUUUGGAGGUGAGAGGAAACCAGAGAACCUGGCGGAACGCCCCAUGGACAUGAGGAGGACAUGAAAAACUAGAACUUGGUAAUGGACCGGGGAAGCUGGACACCGUGAGGUGGCAAUCCUACCACUACCCCAACCUGCUGGCCCAUCAGGAGACUUCAGACAGGAAAAAGGAAAAAACCUUAAAGACUACACGCAUUCAGAAGAUGUUAUAUAUGAAAAGAAGAAUCAGUUCUGUACAGAAUGAUGGACUGUAUGUACAGUAAUAUAUUCAUCCAGUAGUAGUCAAAACUUUGGACACCCUUGCUCAUUCAUAGGUUUUUCUGUCUUUUGACAAUUUUCUACAUUGUAGAACAAUACUGAAGAUAUCAGAACUGUGACAUAACAUAUGGAGCAUAUAUGGAAUUACGUGGUAAACAAAAAAGUGUGUACACUCCUCCUCAGCAUGUGAAGCAUAAACCAUGUUACUAUUACAUUAACUAUUACAUCAGAAUUACUGAUGUACUGAUAGCCAACAGUUCCGCUUAGAAAGAUAGCAGGGUAUCGUUAAUAAAUAUGGGAUGUCAGCCAAACGUGUGGUUACAGCACAGUGCAUAAAAUCAUGCAAAUAGAGGUCAAGAGCUUCAUGGAAGGUUCAUUUCAAACAUUUCUCCAACAUCAGAGUGGGGAAAAAAAUGCGAUCUCAGUGACUUUGACGAGACAGCCAGGGUUGUUUUUGUAUUUGAGAAACUGCUCAGCUUCUGGGAUUUUCACACACAGCACUAUCUGGAGUUUAUACAUAAUGAUGUGAAAAGCAAAAAUUGCAGUCCAAAACCUGCCCUAGUCAGAGUCAUGGUCAUGGAUAUUACAUAUUUCCUCAUUCUGAUGUUUGAUGCGAAUAUGAACUGAAACUCUUGACCUGUAAUCUGCGUGAUUUCAUGCAUUGUGCUGUGACUACAUGACUGGCUGAGUUUAUAAUUGUACUAAUGUGUAGGUUCGCAGGUUUUCUUAAUAACAUUGACUGAGUGUGUACCGUAUGUCAGUUGAUCUGUGCAACAACAUUCCUUCACCUCUAAUGAAAUGCAAAUGAAUAAGAAGGCAGUAAUUUUUUAGUCCAGUGCCAUCAUUUCAAAUGAACUAUAAACAUUUAAGUAUCCACCCAUCCAUCCAUCCGUUAUCUGUCGCCGCUUAUCCUGUACAGGUUCGGGGGCAAGCUGGAGCCUUUCACAGCUGACUAUGGGCGAAAGGCGGGGUACACCCUGGACAAGUCGCCAGGUCAUCGCAGGGCUGACACAUAGACACAAACAACCAUUCACACACACACUCACAGUCAAUUUAGAGUCACCAGUUAACCUAACCUGCAUGUCUUUGGACGUGGGGGAAACCGGAGCACCCGGAGGAAACCCACACAGACACGAGAACAACAUGCAAACCCCACACAGAAAAGCCUUCAUCGGCUGCUGGACUCGAACCCGGACCUUCUUGCUGUGAGGCGACAGCGCUAACCACUACACCACCGUGCCAUUAUGGAUGUACUUAAAUGUUGUUGCUGGCUGCGACAACAUUUAAGUACAUCCAUAAUAAACCCUGGUAUGUUUGCGGAUUAGUAGAUCAUUUUCCCCAAACUCAUAGAAUUGAUUCAUUUUAUAAAUGUCUUAAGGUAGUUCUGUAUAUUUGCUUUUCUCCACCUUCAGAGUGAAGAGUACAGUAGGUGCUAUUUUUGUGUUGUCUCAGUUCAUUUCAAGGCUACUAUCACACCGCAUCUGUUAAACACCUGGAUAACAGGUGAUUCGUAUCGUGUGAAUUUGACAAGGAUCUAAACUAAACUCUGAUUUAAGCUAGAAACCAAGUGAAGUGUUGAAAAAUAUUGCUUUUUAAACCGUGCAGUAUCUUUUGGUUUGGCAUUGUUUGUGCAACAAUUAAAUAAUAUUGGCUGCGUUGAGUGGUAUAUCAGAUAUAUUCCAUCCAGCUAGCAUGAUACUGAACGAGUCAAAGACGAGUUCAAUAUCAUGCUAGCUGAAUGGAAUAUAUAUGGUAUGCUACAAAAAAGCCAGCCAAUAUUAUUAUUAUUAUUAUUAUUAUUAUACAUUUUUGAUGGAACAAUUAUAGAUUUUACAAAAAGUUAAGAACAGGGUUUACAAAUUGUCACAGUCGCUCACUAGCGUGGAAGUUUUACAUGUAAUACAUAUGGCAUUUUCAAUUCACUGUGACACUUUACUGUGGGUGCCAACAGCGAACAAAGAGAUGCUUCUGCGCAUAGUAUGCAGCUGAUUUCAGAAGGUGAGCACCCUUCCUGGGACAAACGGCCGGACAUCGCCACGACAUAAUCCCCCUUCGGGCCUUUUGGCCAGCGGGGGAUAAAAAUUGUGAGGGAAGUUGAUUUCAGAAAGCAAGCACACCUUGAUGAAGUUGCCAGAGUACAAGUUUGUUAAUAAUCAAGGGAAUAACUCUGGUAAAAUUUGCCCAAAUUAAACGAAAUUUCAACAAAGCCUUUUGCCAAGUUUGGUGAAAUUCCUCCACAAAUUGUAAGAGGAGUUGAUUUCAGAAGAACGUACACCCUCAUGAAAUUGUCUAAGACAGGGGUUUUCAAAUUGUGGGAGAGUGAGCCCCCCCUCGGAGAGCAAAUAAACAACAGUGCCCCCCCCCCCCCCCCCCAAUUUUUGUUGUUGCUAUACUUAAUGUUCCAUUCGUAUUUUUAAAAAAUGGUUGUUGUACACAUUUUUUUUUCUUUUUCACAUUUUAAACAUCUGUGAUUUUUAAAACAUCUUGUUUUACACAUUUUAAACAUCUCAUAGCAUCGUUAGCUAGCACCUCUUGGCAGACAACACACUGUGGCAGUGGAGCAUCUUCAGAUCCAGUCCAUGAAAAUCCAAACUUUAAAUAAUCGUGCUCAUACUUCCUUCUUUUUCCAGUCCCCCCAGGAUUCUGCGGGCCUUUUUUGUGAUUGUUGCGGGCUAAAAUAUCUGAUGUUGCGGGGGUUUUCCAAAAAAAUUGUGAUGAAAGUUGCGGUGUUUUUUAGGUUUUUGUUGCGAUUACAUUGCGGGAGGAAGUGAAAGUUGCGAGAAAUUGUUGCGAUUUUCUCUUUUUGUGAUUAAAAUUGAGUGAUAUGUUAAAUAUUAAGUUAUUACUGAAAAACUAUUGAUUAAAAAAACAAAGACACUGAGAAAUGGUCCUAUAAACAACUUUACCAAUAUAAAAGAUUACCAGGACUACAAAAAUGCAGAAAAAUAGGCUUUACUUAUCCAAAUGCACCUGUUGGUUCAAAAGUUAAAGAGCAUAGAACCUCACAGCACAACAUGAAGUUACCUUAAAAUAUAAUAUAAAUGUCUCAGCUUUCAUGUAAGAUAAAAACUAUUAAUACUAGUACUGUGUGCAGGCAGUCUCUCCUGAAGACUAAAUUAAACAAUAAUUAUAAACUAAUAAAAUAAAUGGCUCAGGCUUCAUAGAAGGAAAAAAAACAAUUUGAACAGAAUCUCACAGUAUGAUGCUGAAGCUGCCUAAACAAUGGAAAAUAAAAUACCAUUUUGGCAAAAAUGUUGGCAUCCAUUACUUUCUUGUAUUAAGUAAAAAAAAAUAAAAAUAAAGUGCACACAGUGCUUCACUGUAAACAUCACACACUUCCAGUAACAGAAUUUAAGCCUACAUAAACACUGACUCGCACAUCAUGCAAUGUUGCCAGAUACUGCUGACGUUUUCCAGCCCAAAUAUGUUCAAAAACCGCCAAAAUGCACUUAAAACCAAUCUGGCAACACUGCGCGCAUGCUGCUUCUCUUGAACUUAUACACGGAAGUAAGGCGGAAGGUAGUUUGUCGACGUCACCUCAAGACGACGCCAACGAUUGGUCAAAUUUGCGGGAAAGUUGCGGUGAUUGGAUAUAAUUGUAACACCGCCCUGAAUUGGCGGGGAUUGGUUGAAUUUGCGCUGAAGUUGCAAAUCGCAACAUCCUGGAGGCUCUGGGUUUUUUUUUUUUUUUGCUUGGCCCAAACUUUGUCUCCUCAAUCACUGUAGCUUUAGGUACUAAAAAUCGAUCCAUUUUGUCUCUGGUAAAGGCUCCUCACGUUGCGCCCCCCCUGAAGAACUCUGGCGCCCCCCAGGGGGGGCGCGCCCCACACUUUGAAAAGCCCUGGUCUAAGAUAUUUAAUCAGGAAACUUUCUCAUUGAAUAUUCGCUUCAGUGCCGACGUGUGAUGUCAUGUUGUCUUGACAACAAUGCAAUAUCGUAAACCAUAUUCAACGCUCAUUCUCCACUGGGUAGAAUGACGUAAUAUACAGAGGAUAAGCGAUAUGCUAACAAUAUUGCAUGCUAUCAAACCAAAUGAAUGAAACCCACUAGAAGGGAAUAGAAUACAUGUUUAUAUUCCAUCGAAAAAGUGUCCUGUAUGUAUAAUAAUAAUAAUAAUAAUAAGUGACCUUGCAUCUAAACAUAAGGACUCAGUGUUUAAUAUCGCAAAAUAUUCAAGUUAUGAGGUUUGAUCUUAUUCUUCUUUGUUUUUCAGAUUGAGCUUCAAAGAUUUGACUCUCUGUAGUUUAGAUAGUCAAUUUGUUAGACUUUAUUUAACAACAGUAUUGUGUAGAGUUUAACACACCGUGUAUAUUCUGGAUCAGAUAAACAUUUUAAUCAAACAUGGCAAAAGCUUCUAAUUUCAAAGUCACAACUGUCCAGUUUUAUUCAUUGAAACCAAAUAUCUCAAGUUUUCCAGCCGUUGUUUUUAUUUACUUCUUUGAGCACAGACAAAAAUUUGUACUUUCCGUUAACUGGUCACUUGGUGUCUGUGGUUUACUGUUUGUAAUGUGACAAAGAACAGAUUUUAAGAUAAUGUGGGAUCAAUCACUCGUGCUGUUAAAAUCUUUUAAGUCAUUUUUGUGGUGUCUGAAACGUCCUGACCCUCUCUUUCAGUUUGUGUCACAGUUAUGCUUCAUAUUCCAUCGAAAUCAAAGUGCUGUCUGGAUGCUUUUAGUAUUCUAGUAUUCUGGACCCAACGCAAAUGCUUAAUGGGAAUCACAAAUACAAAGCAUGUAAGCAGAUCAUUUUACUUUCCAUAUUAUGUUGUUGCAACAUUUUUGCUAUCAGAAAAAUGUCCUGGUGUUUUUCUAUAAACAGUGUUUGAGGAAGUGGUGGGCAUUAAUAUCGGCAGUAGAAAGUGUGAAAGUGGUCUCCCCAGACUUUCAAAACAGAGAAAUCCUCCAGUGUUGAUGCAGUCGAGCUUUUGUAGAUAACAAGUCCGUAGUUCAACUUCCAUUGUUUUAAUAAAAUAUAACCACCACUUGCUAUGACACAUCAUAUGCAAACCUAUGAAAUGUACUAGAUAUAAUAAAUGUAUUUUUGUUGUUGUUGUUUGUAAAGGAAAUCCUCAGUGAUGUAUAUAACAGUGAAGUUUUUGUCUGUACUGGUUUUGUGUGCAGUAUAUAAAGCUGUUCCUAUUCUGA